GUGCGCCUGGCUCAGAUCUUAACUCGCCCAGGUUGGCGCAGCAUAACGGAGGUGCUUCAGAUGCUUCCUGGAUCAACUUUUGAAGAAAUACAACAGAUUCCUGUUGGACUGAGAAAAAGAAAAGCCUCUAUAACAUCAACACAUUCCAACACAAUGGAUCAGAAAGUGGUGCUCAUAUUCUUCCUGGGAGGUGUGACAUAUGCAGAGAUUGCUGCUCUGCGUUUCUUAUCACAGCAGGAAGAUGGGCCUGCUGAUUACAUAAUAGCUACAACCAAACUGAUUAAUGGGAAAACGUGGCUAGAAGCAAUAAUGGAAAAUGUAGUGCCAGAAGAAGGGAACCCAUUUUUGAUGUAACAGAUUUGGAAAUAAUCCAAUGAAUGGAGUUCUGUAUUAUUCAGUCUUGUGGCAAGUGACAAAGGAAAGAUUAACUGGAAUUCUCUUACCUCAGAAAUGAGUCCCCUUGAAGACAAUUGCAUGAGUGUUUAUGUAGUCAAUAAGUAGAAACUUAAAUAAGAACUGUUGA